AUGGAGUCAUCAGAGGAAAACCGGGCUAGUAUCUCAGAGACUCUUUGCCCCAAAAUGCUAGUUUGUCUAGCAAGUAGGCAUUUUUUUUUUUUUUUUUAGAAUAUCCCGACAAAUCCCAUGAUUUCACAAAUUUAAUUUGUAUCGUGUAAAGAGUACUGCAAUCUGCAGUGAAUCUGUAACAGAAUUUGUAAUUUUUGACUUAUGAAGUUCAGUAAAUUCUAAAUUCUAAUUGUAACGGGAAGGUUUUGAUGUUAGAUUGUGCUAGCAUAACUUUGGUAUCCGUCUUUACAAGCACAAGUUUCAUUUUUCCGAAAAACCACUGCUUGCAUAAUUUGGCCUUAAGGCUAGUUUUGCAGCACAAAAUUGUUAUUUAAUAUUGACUAUACAACCAACUUUUUUGGCCUGAGAUCAGUGUUACGAGCAUAUUAAAGUAAUAAAAUCAUUUUUUUUUUGCCCGCUUAUUGUCACAUACGAGGGCCCUGAGUGACCCAGGAGUCCUUCCACAGGCCUCAAUGCACGCACUUAACUAGCUCGGUUACCCGAAAUGGCGUGUUGAUUAUUGUUUGAGUUUCAAUAAUAUAGUUGUCGGACAGUUUUGUUGUUUCAGUGGUUUAUCUCUCAUACAUUCAUCUAUCGCUGAAAACUAGAGUUCGCAAGACUGUGAUAGCCAUGAAAUUGUAAAUAGGAUAAACGUGUUUCCUUUUUCCCCUUUGUUGCAUAGUUUUUGAGGACCUAAAUUUGAAUCAAAAAGAUAAUAUACGAGCAAUGCUAGUAGCUAAUUAUGCUACUUAAUCUGUCAAAGCUAGGAGCCAGGAUAAACGGGUGGCACAGGUAAAAAAUGCGUUCUUUCAAACAUUUGACCGGACUUGCGUCAACGGGGUCGAAGUCUCAAAUGAUCUCCUUCUCCUUUUUUCAGAUUUGUUCAAAAAUCUGGAAAGCACUUAAGUUUCGAAGCUUUACUGGACCAAGAUGGCUAUUCCUGUUGUAGAUUUUAGCGCCAUGGGUUUACAAAACAAGAAUCAGCCUUGGGCAGAAAAUAGCAAUGCUGUCAAAGACUUGGCUGACGAACUCUACAACGCCUGUAGCACGGUUGGAUUUGUGUAUCUUAAAAACCAUGGGAUUCCCCAGGAAAUGGUGCGUUUUUGUUCGAAUGUUUGUUUUGUCUUUGUUGUUGCUGUUGUAAAUAUUUUUUAUUCAAGUUCAAAACCUGGGUUAAAGGGUUAAAAGCAGCAACUUUUUCAGCUUCGUCUUGGGUCUUCACUUUCGCGGACAGUGCGGGAAGUAAUCGAGCCUCCAUCUUGAAGAAAAACACUUAUUUUGCAUGGUCUACAUUACAAACCAUAAAAAAGACGUCAAGAUGUUAAAAAAAAUUGCAGUGGAACCAAUCUCUUCAGUUUUGAACAUUUUGACGUCAUUGCUGUGGUCUAUAAGAGUUGUGGCGAAAAAAAAGGGCCUGCUACGCUAGGCUAAUUGUCGAUUUGUUGACUGAAGAUGGUAGGUGAGCUUUUCAAUAGCUCUGGUGAAAAGCUUUUUCUAGCAGUUGAGGUUCGAUUUAGUACGUUACUAUUGCCGUUACCUACGAACGCAUACGUAUUCACAGUCGUCGCUCCUUUUCACCCUAAGCGACGACCGAAAAUAUGGCUGCGUUUGCAGGCUACUGCAAGCCAUCGUUGUCGUUCAGUGUGGAAAAUGUAUGUUACGUACUCGUCUAGUCAAUCGAUGACCUAAAAAAGCAUGAAAAAGUGGCCGCUUCAGAGAGCUGGAGGUUCGACAGUAUUUUGUGUCGUUGGUUCCCCUCAGCCGGUCACUUCUCAAGUAGAAUUCCACCUAUAAAAUAUACCAAAGUCUUGGUAAACCAUCUGUUGUAUUCAUGUUAUUAUGGCCUUCGAUUGGGCAGUUCACUUGAAACUUCGCUAGAACUUGAAUUGCUGAGCAGACAACAUGAAUGGAGGAACAAUUAUUUUUUUGUUCACCCUUGAAGUUAAUUUCCUUGUUUAACUCUGCAGAUCGACUCUAUUUUUGUGGAGAUGGAUAAGUUCUUCGCCCUGAGUGAUAAAGUAAAAACGAAAUACAAAAGAGAAUACAAAUUCUGCAGAGAUGGUUGGAAUUCUUUUGAAGCGGAAAGGUAAUGCGUGCCCAUUCCCAUAAUUUGUACUUAUAUGGUGCAAACAAUCGGCCAGAAUUGUGACAUGCAUGUGCAGUAAAGAUAGCAGUGUAUAAGCCCUUGAGAAACAGAAAAAAACGGCCAUCCUUUCAAAGUUGCCUAGCCAAAAUGGGGGAGCAUUAAAUGAAAGAAGAUCAUCUCAGUUAUAGACACAACUUUUGCAGUUGCGUAAAGAUUUAGUCUGAAAUGAUGCAGGCUUGAACGGGAUUUGAACUCAGCUUGACCUCUGCGAUACCGGUGCAGCGCUCUACCAUUCGAACUAACAAGCCGACAGGAAGCUGGUCUUUUAUUUGGUUCUUUCAAAACCCACGAGCCUCUCUUUAAAACAGGCAUUUGGUUCAACCCGGAAGUGGCUUUUUAUAGUCACGUUGAUUGGCUACAAAAUAUUCUUCCCAAGUGAUAGACCUUUACAGCUUGUUUGGAUUUGUUUUCCCAUUUCAAAUCAUGUGAUAGUGCCAGAUCCUGGAAAACUGUUUCCGGCACGUGGUCUGAAUUUGGAAAACAAAACAUCCAAGCCAAAAGGUCUAUUGAAUAGUAUUAAUAAUAAUAAUGAUAAUAAUAAUAAAUUAAUGAUAAAAAUAAUAUAGUAAUAAACCAAACCGUUUUUGCUUUCUCUUCCUUCACAGCCUUAAUUCAGAGGGACCACCAGGUUACAAAGAAACCUUGGAUUUGAACUCAAUUUAUGAGCCAGAUUUUGUAAGUUUUAAUAGGUAGCUUGUUGACACUUGCGCUGAGUGCCAGAGCCUUUUUUACCUUUUUUCUUACCUAAUUCAUGAUAGUUUGCGGCGAAUUUAGGCGGGUUAUUUCCUCCCAGGUAUUUUGAGAACGCACCCCUGUUGUCAGUUAGUUAGCCAGGACGUUUAUUCUACAAUUUCCUAAGAAAAAGUUCCAUUCUGACAGUCUGGGCCACAACCAGAUCUGGAUAUAUGACGUCGUCUAAAUUUUGUCUGAAAGAGGUUCUAAUAACAGACGCUUUCGAUAAACAUUUAAGAAUAAAAAUCAACGAUAAAAAUUUUGAAUGACGUUUCGAUGACUCGCUCAUCAUUUUCAAAUUCUAAAAAGUUAGAUUGUUAAAAGUUCUUUAAAAAACUUUUAAAAGUUCUUUAUACACCUGCGUGACUCUCACAAUCAGAAGAACAAAGACCUCACUGAACAAUUCACUAUACUGAAGAAAUGUCGUGGGAAAUUUGAAUGCUUGAUCUACGAAAUGCUUUUUAUCCAGGAAAUGAAACCCAAACUGAACACUCAAUCAGACUCAAUAAAAGUGAAACUUUUGAGUACCUAAUUAACACUCACUACAUUCCACAUUGUAGUUUUUAAUCACGUGCAACGAGACUUCACACGCAUUCUUAAUAUAUAAAGAACUUUUAACAAUCUAACUUUUUAGAAUUUGAAAAUGAUGAGCGAGUCAUCGAAACGUCAUUCAAAAUUUUUAUCGUUGAUUUUUAUUCUUGAAAGAGGUUUCAUUUGAAUUAUACCAUCAUAGUUUCGUCCACUGAUUCAAACGUUCUCGUCCACAGAAUUAAAAUUUAGACCCGGUGAUAUAUGGAGAAAAAGUACCCCUAGCAGGGUCGCCCUCUAACAGCGAGCGUUCCUGAUAUCAGAAAAAUGUUGACCUCUUUGUCCUUGUCCUAGACAACAGAACUCGCACAUGCGUUAAUUGUCUCGCUUUGAUCUAGUUGUCCCAGCUGGGCAAACCAAGUGAGUGUAAGCCAGUGUAGGACGGUGACUCCGGGCCUACCUUCACAAAAGGUUGACCUACCUUCCCGGGUCACCCUUCUAGCCGAGCCAGCGCUAGCAUUUCUUUUAUCAUAAAAACUGUCUCGCGUAUAGCAGCAUAAAGGACAAUUUGCCUAGCCUUUAAAUGGGCGUCUUGAUUGGUUUACAAGAAUAUCGUUUUCUGAUUUGUGUUUUAAUUAUAUUUUUACAACUAGUUUCUUUCGUUUUUUCUUUUUACCAUCAAUGUUCUUGUGUUGCAGAGAUGGCCCAAUGAAGAGAUACCAAACUUCCAAAGCAACAUUACACGUACCUAUGAGACCAUGACAGAGCUAAGCUUCAGGGUGCUAUCUGUCAUGGCUAUAGGUCUUCAAUUGGUAAGAAAAUCAUGUUGACAUGACAAACGAUUACCGUGGCCUAAAAUCGAAAAAUGGAGAUUUUAUAUUCUAAGACGAGGACAACUACGAGUAGUACGGCGCACUUGAAUGUAUUAUAGAUAUUUGCGCCUUAUAAGUUUUGAAUUAAUAACUAAUACGAGAUUUUCUCAGUACUAAGAAGUGCUCGCGCAAGAACCAGCACCAUCUUGGCGGGAAAACGUCCACCCGUCCGCCCGCACCACAGGGCAACCAAUGUAAAAUGUCACACUUUCUAGAUAGCGUAGGAGCCUGCAACCUGAUAUUGCACAUCCAUCUGUUGUGGUCAAUUGACAGCUGUCAGAACGGGGUAUUCGCUAACCAGUAUCACAUGACCAUAUCGCGGGCUCUGGUAUCGACCCAUCAACCACCUUUUGAAGUCAUCCGCUGACAAGUUACUAGUUCCUAACUGAUCGCGGGCUCAACCCCAAGUGGAUUUCUUUGUGAUGGUUCAGUACAAGUUUAUUUUUUGAAGCAAAUUAUGAAUUUUAUUAAACGGGAGCUUCGCUUUUAGCUUUGGGUAAAUCUAUACAUUAACUUAUUCUUUGAUUUCUUGAACAGAAACAUGACGCGUUUGCCCAUGCAUUCGAAAAAGCAGGCACUUUACAAGGAGAAACUAUGUUAAGGUAUAGUUACUACCCCACGAUAACUGAUAUGUAUGGGGGAGCAUUAAAUGAAAGAAGAUCAUCUCAGUUAUAGACACAACUUUUGCAGUUGCGUAAAGAUUUAGUCUGAAAUGAUGCAGGCUUGAACGGGAUUUGAACUCAGCUUGACCUCUGCGAUACCGGUGCAGCGCUCUACCAUUCGAACUAACAAGCCGACAGGAAGCUGGUCUUUUAUUUGGUUCUUUCAAAACCCACGAGCCUCUCUUUAAAACAGGCAUUUGGUUCAACCCGGAAGUGGCUUUUUAUAGUCACGUUGAUUGGCUACAAAAUAUUCUUCCCAAGUGAUAGACCUUUACAGCUUGUUUGGAUUUGUUUUCCCAUUUCAAAUCAUGUGAUAGUGCCAGAUCCUGGAAAACUGUUUCCGGCACGUGGUCUGAAUUUGGAAAACAAAACAUCCAAGCCAAAAGGUCUAUUGAAUAGUAUUAAUAAUAAUAAUGAUAAUAAUAAUAAAUUAAUGAUAAAAAUAAUAUAGUAAUAAACCAAACCGUUUUUGCUUUCUCUUCCUUCACAGCCUUAAUUCAGAGGGACCACCAGGUUACAAAGAAACCUUGGAUUUGAACUCAAUUUAUGAGCCAGAUUUUGUAAGUUUUAAUAGGUAGCUUGUUGACACUUGCGCUGAGUGCCAGAGCCUUUUUUACCUUUUUUCUUACCUAAUUCAUGAUAGUUUGCGGCGAAUUUAGGCGGGUUAUUUCCUCCCAGGUAUUUUGAGAACGCACCCCUGUUGUCAGUUAGUUAGCCAGGACGUUUAUUCUACAAUUUCCUAAGAAAAAGUUCCAUUCUGACAGUCUGGGCCACAACCAGAUCUGGAUAUAUGACGUCGUCUAAAUUUUGUCUGAAAGAGGUUCUAAUAACAGACGCUUUCGAUAAACAUUUAAGAAUAAAAAUCAACGAUAAAAAUUUUGAAUGACGUUUCGAUGACUCGCUCAUCAUUUUCAAAUUCUAAAAAGUUAGAUUGUUAAAAGUUCUUUAAAAAACUUUUAAAAGUUCUUUAUACACCUGCGUGACUCUCACAAUCAGAAGAACAAAGACCUCACUGAACAAUUCACUAUACUGAAGAAAUGUCGUGGGAAAUUUGAAUGCUUGAUCUACGAAAUGCUUUUUAUCCAGGAAAUGAAACCCAAACUGAACACUCAAUCAGACUCAAUAAAAGUGAAACUUUUGAGUACCUAAUUAACACUCACUACAUUCCACAUUGUAGUUUUUAAUCACGUGCAACGAGACUUCACACGCAUUCUUAAUAUAUAAAGAACUUUUAACAAUCUAACUUUUUAGAAUUUGAAAAUGAUGAGCGAGUCAUCGAAACGUCAUUCAAAAUUUUUAUCGUUGAUUUUUAUUCUUGAAAGAGGUUUCAUUUGAAUUAUACCAUCAUAGUUUCGUCCACUGAUUCAAACGUUCUCGUCCACAGAAUUAAAAUUUAGACCCGGUGAUAUAUGGAGAAAAAGUACCCCUAGCAGGGUCGCCCUCUAACAGCGAGCGUUCCUGAUAUCAGAAAAAUGUUGACCUCUUUGUCCUUGUCCUAGACAACAGAACUCGCACAUGCGUUAAUUGUCUCGCUUUGAUCUAGUUGUCCCAGCUGGGCAAACCAAGUGAGUGUAAGCCAGUGUAGGACGGUGACUCCGGGCCUACCUUCACAAAAGGUUGACCUACCUUCCCGGGUCACCCUUCUAGCCGAGCCAGCGCUAGCAUUUCUUUUAUCAUAAAAACUGUCUCGCGUAUAGCAGCAUAAAGGACAAUUUGCCUAGCCUUUAAAUGGGCGUCUUGAUUGGAUUACAAGAAUAUCGUUUUCUGAUUUGUGUUUUAAUUAUAUUUUUACAACUAGUUUCUUUCGUUUUUUCUUUUUACCAUCAAUGUUCUUGUGUUGCAGAGAUGGCCCAAUGAAGAGAUACCAAACUUCCAAAGCAACAUUACACGUACCUAUGAGACCAUGACAGAGCUAAGCUUCAGGGUGCUAUCUGUCAUGGCUAUAGGUCUUCAAUUGGUAAGAAAAUCAUGUUGACAUGACAAACGAUUACCGUGGCCUAAAAUCGAAAAAUGGAGAUUUUAUAUUCUAAGACGAGGACAACUACGAGUAGUACGGCGCACUUGAAUGUAUUAUAGAUAUUUGCGCCUUAUAAGUUUUGAAUUAAUAACUAAUACGAGAUUUUCUCAGUACUAAGAAGUGCUCGCGCAAGAACCAGCACCAUCUUGGCGGGAAAACGUCCACCCGUCCGCCCGCACCACAGGGCAACCAAUGUAAAAUGUCACACUUUCUAGAUAGCGUAGGAGCCUGCAACCUGAUAUUGCACAUCCAUCUGUUGUGGUCAAUUGACAGCUGUCAGAACGGGGUAUUCGCUAACCAGUAUCACAUGACCAUAUCGCGGGCUCUGGUAUCGACCCAUCAACCACCUUUUGAAGUCAUCCGCUGACAAGUUACUAGUUCCUAACUGAUCGCGGGCUCAACCCCAAGUGGAUUUCUUUGUGAUGGUUCAGUACAAGUUUAUUUUUUGAAGCAAAUUAUGAAUUUUAUUAAACGGGAGCUUCGCUUUUAGCUUUGGGUAAAUCUAUACAUUAACUUAUUCUUUGAUUUCUUGAACAGAAACAUGACGCGUUUGCCCAUGCAUUCGAAAAAGCAGGCACUUUACAAGGAGAAACUAUGUUAAGGUAUAGUUACUACCCCACGAUAACUGAUAUGAGUAACGUCAAACCAGGUCAGCUUCGCUGUGGAGAGCAUACUGACUGGGGCGCCAUUACGCUUCUGAUCCAGGAUGAUGUUGGUGGACUUGAGGUAAAGACAGCUACCGUUAAUUAAGCCAAGCAAAUAAAAAUAAUAAAUAAACAAACAAAUGUUUUUCCUCCAGGCCUGCUUCAUUUCUUGGGGUCGUCUAGUUCUUUAUUAUUUGUUACUAUUGUGUUACAUCAUUAUCUGACGUUUCAAUAUUAAUAUUUGACCAAAAACUCCAACUAAUCCCCGACCGAAGAUUCACUUAAAAAAACCGUGAAUAAAAAGGUCGGAAAUAACAACAACAAGCGCUCGCCUGCUCUCUUUUUUCUAGAAAUCCGGACGAGAAACAUUGGUUUUUAUUUAUACUUGGCCCUAGAUAACCUAGGAAAAAGCAUUCACUUACACUAACAAGUCCAUUGCUUCUUAAUUUGCUUCAGAUACGCAACGUUGAAGGAAAAUUUGUUCCUGCUCCACCAAUAGAAGGAACAAUAGUGGUCAACAUUGGUGACAUGAUGGAAAGAUGGACGGCGGAUAAACUGAAAUCAACAGUAUGUUGGAGAAUGCAACCCUCAUACUAAGCCUACGUUUCAAUGGUUUCACAAAUAGGUUAAUUUACCCCCGGGGGUUAAAACUAAAAAAAGUUUUACAGGGGGAGACUCCGCCCCGAGGUCCGACUCCAUACCGUUUUCAUGCAAUUUUUUACAGAAAAGGCACCUUCCAUUAAAAAAUGGUACCCCUUUUAAGACUAGGUUUAGAGCUCUGCAUCCCUUUUAACUGCUGUAAAUGCAUUGUCUUUAAAAUAUGAAAAAGCCAGAAAAACAGGAAUUUUUUUCAUCGCCACCAGGAACCCAUCAUUUGAUGGGCUCCUGUCGCCAUAAAUUCUUAACUUUUAUUAUUUGUAUUAACUUUUUUAGGUCUUUUUAUAGACGGAAAGACAGAUUUCCCAACCCCUUUAUAUACUUCAACUAGUGAAAUCAUAUCCCUACCCUUUCAUAUACCUGAAGCCUGAAAAAGGUACCACUUUCAGUAGGAGUCUUCCAUUAUAGGGAGUACCCCCCGGAAAUUAAGUGAAAACACUUUUCCCCGCCAAAAUCCAAGCUCCGGUUUAUCUCUGAAUGCGCAUGAUUAGCAUUAAAAAGGAACAAAAAAAUUGUCAGCUAAACGUUUUUCCUCUGUCAAAAUAUUAAUUUCUUGGGUGUAUCCGGCUAGCUAAUUGAUUUGAAGUGCUCCUUAGGACUGUUCCAAAACGCUGAUACACGAAUUCCUCUGAUUCCCAACUAACACCCCAGUAUAAACAAGGGACUUCCUUAAACUAACUUACUGAUCGUAUCUAAUUCGCGCAGGUUCAUCGUGUACUGAUACCCGAAGAGCAGAUCAAACGCCGUCACCGUCGUUCCUUAGCACUUUUCUUUAAUCCCGAUGUCGAUGCGGUUAUCACAUGUAUGGAUGGGUCUAACAAGUAUCCUCCAGUCACAUCCGGGGAGUGGGUCCAAAUGAAACAGAAUUUGGCACACAAAUAA